CCGACGCGAGUAGACGCGACUUUCCGGGAGUUUCGAUGGACUAUUAUUAUUUUCGGGUGGUUCAUUGGUUUUGUGCCUUUGUUUGGUGCUGGAAUGCGCUAAUCUGACCUGAUUGGUCAAUACUGUUUCGGGAAAAAAGAAAGCCUAAGAGGCAGUGCUGCGUGUAGUGAGAACAGAAGUUCUGAAGCGGUUUCAACGAAGACAGAAUCUGUGAAAAACAUACCAACAUUGAUCGUAGUUGCUGAUUGGGUGCUGAAGAGAUAGAGAGCAGUUGUUUGAAGGUGUCCGAAUAACAAUAUAAAGUGUCGCAAUGCAGUGGAUAAAAUUUCUCUGCGUUACCGCUCUGCUAUUGGCCCUUGCUUCGGCUAACUCAAACGUUUCCGAUGACUUCAGUGACACCCAAAGCAGCGACGUGGACUCUAAGCGGAUACGAAUAGAUCCGACGCUACGAAAAGCGUUACUCCGAGCAUUGCGGCAUCUGAAGGAACGCCAGGAGGAAGAAAGUGACCAGCUGAAUGACUCUAACACGACGGAGGAAAAUUUUGCAACGACAUUGUUGGAUGAAAUACUGGAGGAAAGUACAAACAGCGAUCGGGAGUCCAGCAUCAGAUACCACAGCUACGAGGCUGAUGCCAAUAGCGACAACGGAGGCAACGAAAUCAUAAAAACAAUUAUUAUCAGUAAGCCCAAAACUACCCUCCUUCCGCCGAAAGUAGAUCUCCUCCGAGAGAUAGCUCCGGAUCCUAUUAAGGAACGAGAAAAUGAUGUUGAUUCGAAUCAAGUCGCUCGUAGCGUGGCUUCCGGUUCCAGCAACAGCAACAAUCUGGAUGUGACCAAAGAUGAAAAGAGCUCAAUCGCAGUUGUAACUCCUGUGCCGAGUAUUGUUUCCACACAAGUUACACCUACAGUUACAAGUCCCACGACAAGUACUACGACCCCGAAGGCGCCAACUCACAAUGCCGAUGGUGAAAAUAUCGAAAAAGUCAAAAGCGAAGACGUAAAGAUCUACCAAGCUCCUCUAGUAGCCGCAUUCACGGUACAGCAAGAUCAACAGGGAGUUCCGCGAAAUGUGAUUCCUCUGCUGCAAGUACCUUCGAAAAAAGCCCCUGUCGAUUUUAAUGUCGCUACCUCAACGGCUCCGAUGAUAAUACCCAUUGGACAAUUUCAAGCAUCUUCAAAUCAAAAUCAAGCCCCACCAACGGCCUCAACCCAAUCUCUUGAAGAAAAAACUCGGUUACUGGAACAACAGUUACUUACUCUUCAAACACAGCAACGCAUCCAGGAACAACUUCUGAGAUCUAAAAUUAUUCAAGAACAACAGAUUAUCCUUCAACAGCAGCAACAACUACAACAGCAACGGUUCCGACUGGAGGAAGAAACUCGCAUUCGGCUGCAAAAGUUCGAGGAAGAGCAACGCCUUUUCCGGCAACAGCAGCAACAACUUCAACAUCAGCAGCUAAAACUACAACAGCAGCAGCCCUUGUUCAAACCAUUCCCUGUCCAGCAGCAACCAAAUAAUCAACAGAUCCAGCAACAACAACAGUUCCAACAACAACAACAUCAACAGCAACAAUUCCAGCAGCAACAACAUCAACAGUUCCAGCAACAACAGCAGCAGCAACAACAACAACAGUUCCAGCAGCAGCAACAACAACCGCAAUUCGUUCAAGAACUCCCACGCAACGGACCCGCAGUACAGUUCAUUCCAAGCAUCUCCUUACCAGGCAAAUCGAUCCCAAUUUCGGUGGAACAGCAGCUUCCGUUCAAGGAACCGGUUGAAUUCCAACCAGUCUCACUGAGAAACACUUUCGUCGAACAAGUCAAAUCCAUCAGUCCGCCAUCCCAGCAGUUCCCAAUCAUUCCACCGUCUCCUCCCCAGCUAUCGAAACAGCAAUUGCUACCCCUGAAACCCUUCCAGCCUUUUAACGUCAACCCCUUCCCUGUUCCACUAGCCAACCAGGCACAACUCCCACUGGAUCAGCAGCUUCCACAUCUACAGCGCAAUCGGGUCUUCCGACACGAGUCCGACACCGGCAACUUCGGAUUCAACUCCCAACCUCAACAACAACCGAAUGUCCCUUUCCGCCCCUCUCAACAGAUACCAAUCAUUCAGCUAAACGGUGGCUUCCAACCGCUGCGUAACGACAAUCAGUUACAAAAUCUGCUGGUCCAAUCCGGUAUCACCUCACGUUCGGCGGAAGAUUUCAACAUUAUCACCAAGGUUCUGGCACUGAAUCAUGGUAUUCCGCAGUCAUCCUCUCAGCUAAUGUUUGCUAAGCUUAGUCCGGAACAGCAGCAGCAGCUGUUGUUCAGGAAAAAGUGAACAUUCCUUUCUUCAUCCGAUUCUUCCCCUCUGUAUCCUAACAAAAACUCCUUCAACACGGUUUCAUAUAAUGAGAGACAGAAUGAGUGCCAAGAAGGUGUGUCUGCGCAAGGGUGAGUGAAAUGUAUGAGAGUCACUAGUUACCGCUAGUCUGCCAUAUUUAUUGAGUGUGAGUGAGAGCGAAAGUACACGAACAAAUUCUUUACCAGCACCACCUCACCCCCCAGCCAACUAGGUAUACUGCUCCCCCAUUUUCUGGCGGUCUGUAUCAGUGUCAAUUCUUCUUAUGUGUAAUAUUUGUAGAAGAGCGCAGUAAAUUAUUUUCUUUAGUAGGAUUAAUGAACGGUCAGUGUACGCUGCAGCAAAGCGUUCGAUUACAAAUUGUAUUUCUAUACUUUACAAAGAAUUUCUUACAAAACAAAAGCAACUAACAAAAACGAUACGAGUAGUCUGAUGAGAAUAAACUCAAUCAUCGUUACUUACACAUGUAACGAAGUGUACUAAUUUAUCAGAA